CCGACCUUCCAACAUGUUCUUCCAGACUCAUGACCAGAUCGGUAUGAUCGGUUCCGGACCCAGUCCAAUGUCGUCCAUGAACAUUCCUAUUCCCUUCAACCUUGUGAUGCCUACUAUCCCUCCACCUGGUUAUUUAGGACAGCUAAACGGCCCCUCUGCAGGUCAUGGUGGAAGCAUGAAGAACAAAUCAGCCAGCACAGGCGGCAGCGGAAGUCGAGGUGCUUGUCAAAGAAACCGUGGAGACGUGGGAAUAGAUGGAGUUCAGCACGGAGGUCACAUGACUGGCAGCCAGGCUAGCCAGGACCAGGGCUCUCAGGCAUUCUCCCAGGGGCCCCUCACACAAGGCUACAUCAACAUGAGUCAGCCCUCCCAGAUGAGCCAGCCCGGGCUCUCCCAGCCUGAACUCUCACAGGACAGUUACCUAGGAGAUGAAUUCAAGUCCCAGUUUGAUGUGGCUCUGUCCCAGGACUCCACAUACCAGGGGGAACGGGCCUACCAUCAUGGACUGACUGGACUGUCCCAGUACUAGAAUUGUUUCAGGUCGCUGGAACAGAGACCUGCCUGAAGCUUGGUUUGUUUGUAUUUUAACCCGGGUAAGGAACAAACCUGGAUACCCGUUUUCCACUGCUGCAACCGAAGCACCGCUGUGUGAGAGAGGAGGAGAUUGUGAGAAACCAACCAAUCACAAGAGUGAGGGCAAAAAUGGGAGUAUAGCAGGACGGGAGGAGAAGGAGGCUGGCAAGGCAUGAGGAAGCACGGCUGGCUGCACACAGGUGAAGACGUACAGGAAGGAAGCCGGCGUCCUCAGAGCAGCGAGGUCCGUCAACUGGUCAGGGAGUGGGACAGGUCAACUUGAUGGUGGACAGAUGUGAAGGGGACAGUUAUGUCAUUGUGUCCCUUAACCUCUGAAGUUCUCCAGGAGAGGAUUUGGAAUCUUGCUCCAAAAGCUGAGAACGGUGGAGAAGAUCUGUCUCACACUAAACUCCUCCAACAUGGGAUCUUCUGGGAGGUGGAGUGAGACAAAAUAAAUGGAGAUACAACUCCAGAAGCAGUCGUUAUGGCAACUCUUUUAAAGCCAACACUUGAAACAAAGCAUCUAGAAGAAAUAUUUGGCAUUUCAAGUGGGCUCAGAAGUGUUUGUGCUGCUGUGCUGCAGAGUUGUGGCCCUUUAAGGCUGCACACACACACACACACACACACACGGGUCACCUGUUUUAUUUCCUUCACUUUGAGAAAUCUUACAGCUUCCUGAAGAAGGGUGUUCAGAGAUGUUUGCUAGUGUACCUUGCCAUGUUUCAGAGCAUGUCUGAUUAAGAACAGGUGGUCAUAUUAGAAUUGAACUUAAAAAAACAACAAUAAUUUCAGAUCUUAGUAAUACAAAAAUAGGCACCAUAAAUGUCUUGUAAUUGUUUGGAAGUGCCAUGUUUUUCCUCUGGUUAAACUUAGUAGAGCUUGGCGCUUCUAAUGAUCCUUUUGUUAAACCAAAUUAAGCGGACUGAACUUUACUGAGAAUCCUCUCGCGCCAAAAAUCAUGCAGAGGUUUCCACAGUUAAAGGUCCUGAAUAGAACAGCAUGAGGACAUGUAGGGGAAAAAGUGAGUUUAAAUGACUUUAACCCUUUGAUGCACAACAUGGGUCAAAAAUGACCCGCAUUCAUUUUCCAUGUUAUUUUCCUGAUUGAGUUUUUCUUUGCUCUGUGUUUCGAAAUCAAUUCAUUUUAUGAUUGAAUAUUCCAAGUAUUCUUUAAAUAUCUUGUUUUUAAUUACCACAGAUCAUUAAUUUAUUUUUUUUAUUUCCUACUUUAUGAACAAAAAUAUUUUUUAUAUUACUAUACAUGGGUCAUCCAAGUGUGAUUUAAAAUUAAAUGUCUUAAUACUAUAAAAAAAAGUUUCAAGUAAUUACUUUAGCAGUGAAUGGGGACAAACAGUUAUUUAUUUAAUACUUGCAACACAUCUGUCAUUUUAUCACACAUACACAUAAAUCCUGAUAACAGAUAACAGCUAUUGAACUGAACUUUAUCUGUGGUUGAACAACUGUAAACUGGUGAAAUGUGACCAAACAAAAUAAAACACAACUGAACACAUUAGUAGAACACAAACUGCCAUCUCAAUUUUUGCAUGCCUCACAAAUGAUCACUAAUUUUUUGUGCUCCUUGCACACCGGCCUAAUGCACUGGGAACACCAGCUGCUGGCUUUUCUGUCUUUCGAAACUGGGCAGAUCGCGCACCUCUUCCUCUUCCUUUGGCCCUCCUGUCUGAUGUCCUCUUGUAGCUGAGUGGUGGCUGUGUCUUUUUUUAACCCACACCUUCCCAUUGCCUCAAUAAUAUGCUUCUUUUCUGACAAGUAAUCUACCCACUCUCAAGGUAACCUAAACAAAAUCACAUUUUUUCUAAGGUAAAGUUAGAACAACUGAAAAACAAUACUUACAUGUAUUAGAUGGGUAAAGGGUGCUGCGCUGAGCUGUGAAAUAUCUGACACAAGGACAGUUCCCCCCAAAUGCUGUAGUAAAUGCAUGCAGGUCGUUUCUGACCCAUGUGUGUAAACUUGAUGUAGAAUUACAAAAGCUGUGCUUGUUCAUAACUUACAAAAUAAAAAAUAAAAAAUGAUGAUUUGUGGUAAACAAAAACAAGAUAUUUACUGCAUAUCUGGAAAAGUAAAUCCAUCCAUCCAUCCAUUUUCUUUACACCCUUCUUCCCUAAAUGGGGUCGGGAGGGUUGCUGGUUCCUCUCCAGCUGCGUCCCGGGCGAGAGGCGGGGUCACCCUGGACAGGUCGCCAGUCUGUCGCAGGGCAACACAAAGACAUACAAGACAAACAACCAUUCACACACACACUCACACCUAGGGAGAAUUUAGAGAAACCAAUUAACCUGACAGUCAUGUUUUUGGACUGUGGGAGGAAGCCGGAGAACCCGGAGAGAACCCACCAUGCACAGGGAGAACAUGCAAACUCCAUGCAGAAAGACCCCCGGCCGGGAAUCGAACCCAGAACCUUCUUGCUGCAAGGCAACAGCUCUUGGAAAAGUAAAUGAUAAAAUUAAUUUAUUUCAAAAGUAUAUCAUAGAAACACUCAACCAUACAUGAAGUAACCUGGAAAAUGAAUGCGGGUCGUUUUUGACCCAUGUUGUGCAUUAGAAGGGUAGUGAUACAAAAAGGGUUUUUGUUCAAAAAGUAAGAAAGGAAAAAAUUAAUUAAGGAUGUAUGAUGAUCAAAAACAAGUUAAUUGAGGAAUACCUUGAAUACUGAAUAAUGAAAUUAAUUUAUUGCAAAGAUAUAGAAGAUAAAAACUCAGCCGGGUCACUUUUGACCCAUGUUGUGCAUCAAAGGGUUAAUAUAACAAUAAUGGAAAGUCUUCAAACUCCAUCUUCUACCAUAACAAACUUGAUCAGCAUUAAAGCUGCAGAAUGUAACUUUUAUUAAAGAAAAUGGUUUUUCACAUAUUUGUUAAAACUAUCACUAAUAACGGUUUUGAAGAUAGAAAAUGUUUCAUUAACAGCAAGGGGCAGUUCAGCAAAAUUCCCAAGUGGACACUUUUUGUGGAAUGCAUAAAAUCUUUCCUUUCAUAAUGCAUAGAAUGAUUUAACUGACCCAUCAUGUGACUAGGUUUAAUUAAAAAAUAAUAAUAAUAAUAAUAAUAAAGGCCAAAUACUAUUACAGUUUAGCUCCACAAUGCCACCUCCCACCCCAUGAUUAUUGUUAUUAUUAUUAUUAUUAUUAUUAUUUUGGUAUUUAUUUGUAGUCAUUUUUUCUAAUUUUUGUUAUGUCAGUAUGAUGAUUUAUGUUCAUUAAGGGAAAAUAAAAUUGGAGAAGUCAUGUAAGUUUUGCAAAAUGUAUGUAAUGUCAACAAAUGUAUAAUCUUCUGAUGAACAAAUAAUAAUAAUAAAAAAAACUAUCACUAGUAAUGUAACAUUAUAAUAUGAUAAUAUGUGAAGCUCCUCUGCCUUCUGCCAGUUCUCCCCUGAAAAUGCGCCACUCAGAACCAAUCAGUGCUAGGAGUGUCUCAGCGCUGUCAAUCACUGCAGUGUAAUUGCUGCUCACACCCUUAUUCUCUGGUAGGCGACAGCUGGUUCCCCACAACAGAGCCUGUCAUGAACGAUCAGGCUAGUUAGCAUGCUGGCAAAUGAAUGUUUUUUUCUGUAAUGAUAAGUUGUUUUUCUGCCAGUAGCACAUUGAGCAGUGUGUACAUGAGGUUGAUUGACAGCACUACGACCCUCCUGGUUCUUAGUGAUUCUUUCUGACCAGAAGCAGUGCUUUUCUUUGGAUGGCAAUAAGAGCACUGGAGGUAGUUAGAGAAGCUCCAUCUUUUGUGUCACACGUUAAAAUGUUACAAAUGUAAAAAACAUCAUUUGGUAAAAGUUACAUACUGCAGCUUUAAUGCUGCUGUAAGAUUAAAGAUAUUAUGAAGUGCUUAAACAGUGUUGAUUUAAAAAAAAAAAAGUAAUUGGUUGAGAAUUGUUAUAGUUAAAAAUGACCUACUUUUGAUUAAAUGAGCUUUUUUAUUUACUCUCUAAUCCAGUGUUUUCCUUUUUGUGUUUUUCCAGAAAUAUGAAAAGUUAACUAAAAGUUUGGUGUCAUUUCCCAGCAUUAGAGAAACUUACAGUAUUUUUUUUACCCUUUUGACCACAUGAUUAGUCAUCUUAGCACUGGAGGCUAGCAGUUAGCCAACCUGAUGGUUGUCUUAAAUCUAACUGUUUAAAAUCUUGCACAAGCCUAAAGAAUUUAUGAAUUUGCUGUUUUCUUAAUCUACAGCAAUUAACUAUUUAGUAUCUUUUAUUGACAUUACAUCAGAUUUAGAAUAAAACCCUGUUGAGUCAAAUGUACUUACUAGCUCUCAUAAUGCAUUACUUCUUUUUCAAGAACAGGUAUUGAAACUUUCAACCGUUUUUUGAGUUUGAUUGAUCCUAAAAACCACCAAUAAAUGAUCACACAAUAAGUUACUGCCACAAAUAAUAUCUGCAUGUUUUAGUAGGAGCAGGACACGAUCUCGUUUGCAGAAUUAAACCGAACAGUUUUGCUUUGCUUCUUCAAAAUCUGCUAAUCAUGACAAAUAAAGUUUCUCUUGAUUACUCUCAUCAUGAUGCUCUUGUUUUAUUGAACAAAUUAGCAAAUAUAUUUCAGGAGAAGCAGCAUGUGUGAUGUCCUCAUACGGGCUGCCUGAGCAGCUUUUGGAAGGCGGGACUUUUCUCCUGGGCGCCUUCAAACCUGGGCUCAAACAAAGCUGUCCGAGCACACGGGGGCGCGCCGGGCCGGGCCGGCUGCAGGCAGGUUGACAUACUUUCCUCCUGCUCUGCUGCCUUCCACAUGCAGCGGGAGCGGCUGUAGUUCAGACGCUGCACGGCUAUCGGGCGCUCCGCUGCUGACUGAAUGAAGAGCUGAACACUGCUGCAGGAAACCUGAGAGCUCCGGCUAACAGGACGGAAUUAGAAAGAGGAAAAGCAGAGAGCGGAUGCGUGUUGUUUGACCUGACUGAUCCGGAGGGUGGGCUUUGAAGUCACUGAGGUCAGCUAGGAGUGUUAUUGCUCCGUGGACAGCGGGUACUAACAUCUAAACGGCAGAGCAGCUCCGGGGACUGAAGCUUUAACCCAGAGAACAAAGCGGGAUUAAGUAUCUGGUGGUUUGGACUGAGACAGCGGCGGCUAUAGUUGUUAGAUAACAUUCAACAAGGUUUCCAAACGAAAUGGGCAAAUGAGUUCCGGUCACCUUCUAAGAUGUUUCCUCACCACAGAGAAAGGGAGCAGCCCAUAUUCAGCACUCGUGCCCAUGUUUUCCAGAUUGAUCCCACCACCAAGAGGAACUGGAUACCUGCUAGCAAGCAUGCUGUGACAGUGUCCUUCUUCUAUGAUGCCAACCGCAAUGCCUAUCGUAUUAUUAGUGUGGGUGGAACCAAAGCAAUUAUCAACUGCACUGUUACACCAAGCAUGACAUUUACUAAGACAUCUCAGAAGUUUGGUCAGUGGGCCGACAGCAGAGCCAAUACUGUCUAUGGACUGGGUUUUGCCACAGAACAGCAGCUGCAUCAGUUUUCAGAAAAGUUCAAAGAGGUUAAAGAUGCUGCUCGUUUGGCCCGAGAAAAAUCUCAGGAUAAAGAACUAGCCAACACGGCUCUCACAAUUGCAGCCCCUCAGUUCUCACAGUCUCCCCCAGUGAUGUGUGUGAAUGGACCAGAGGACAAGCUGUUUCGCAGCCAGAGUGCAGACAUCACCCUGGCCUCUGAGAAGGAGAGGAUUAAGAAGAUGUUAUCAGAAGGAUCUAUUUGUGAGAUUAACCUGGAAGCUGAGCUUUUCACUCUACAAGACAGUAACUCUAAGUUGGUGGCAGCUUUGCAUGAGGCCAACGCUAAUGUGGAACAAUGGAAGAAACAAUUAGCAGCUUAUCAGGGGGAGACUGAAAGACUCAGAGAACAGCAGGAAGAAGCUGGAAUUGAACCUGCAACUUCAAGAUUUCAAGACUCCUCCCACUAAGCCAAAGACAGCCCUAAAAUGCCAAAAAGGGGCAUACCUUAUCUAUUUCAGAUGCAGAGAUGUUUUAUUUUUUUCACUUUCAAAGUCAGCAGAAAGCUUUGUCGACUGACAUCAGUAGCAGAGAAACCUCCGUGGAACUACUGGAAUAGUUUUGUUUCUGAUGUCUGGGCAAUUACAGUUGGCAUUUUUUCUUGCUCUUUAAUUUUACUUAUGAAGGCUACUCCAUUUUAGCAUACUGUUAAAGUCGAUCUGUCUGAAAUU